UGGGUGAAUCGAGAAGCUGAAACAUCGGUGAUGAAACUAGCUGGCGACGCACAUUCAAUCAAUUAGUUGCUGAAAUUAACUGUUACAAAAUGAGCUCACAACUGACCCAGUUACCCCAAAUGUUUGAGAAUUACAAGGAGACGAUGCGAAAGUCGCUACGUGACCCUAACAAGCCGUGGACCAAAGCGUUUGACAUUUUAGAGGAGCGCACUUCAGUCGAUAGAGUGAAUCUAUUUUCCGGUGCUGUCGCAGCGUGUGCUGCUUAUUUGAUAUUCGGCUGCGGUGCCCAGCUCUUGUGCAACAUCAUUGGCGUACUAUAUCCGGCAUAUGUGUCCAUUCAUGCCAUCGAGUCGAGCACCAAACAGGACGAUACCAAGUGGCUCAUCUACUGGGUCACCUUUGGCAUCUUCACUGUCAUUGAGUUCUUCUCCCAUAUCCUAACUAACAUUAUUCCGCUCUAUUGGCUGUUGAAGUGUGGCUUCCUCAUCUGGUGCAUGCUGCCCGUGGAAAACAAUGGUUCUGUUAUCAUUUACAAUAAGUUGGUGCGCCCAUAUUUCCUGAAGCAUCAUGCUUCUGUUGACAAAAUCAUCGAUGAUGGUAUCAGGAAGGCUGGCAAUGUGCUUAAGAAAGAUUAGAGACGCUAUUACGUUUUUUGUUCACUUCCUUAAGCAUUUUCGUAGCGUCCGCCUUCAGGAAGGGCCCGUCACGCCAGUUUAUAUCAUAUUAGACCGCGAUGAUUGUAUGCACAGUUAAAUUGCACUUGGUUUUGAAAACCCCUCAUUUGAUGAUUCGCAUUAGAUGUGUUUGUAAUGAAAUCUCGGCUUGUUAAACAUAAAUUU